AUGUCUUCCGACGAUAAAGCCGUUGUUCACAAGAUCACGGAUGCGUCCGAAAAGGUAACAAAUGUUUUCUCACAAUGGUGGAACUUGACUACUCAAGAGAGACGUCCUCAACCAGAUUCCAAGAGAAUGACAACUGUUCGCGAGUUGCCAAUAUACGCAGAAGAUGAGCCUAGAACGCAAUACAAGUUUAUUCCUGAAGACCCCCUACCUCUUCAACGUGAAUUUUCCUGCAUUCGUCAUGCUUUCAACACAGAAUAUGAUCGAGUCGUUAGUCGAUUUUCGUUUGUAGAUAGAGCAGUUAACAAAGCCUCAGGAGCUGCUAACAAAAUAAACUCAUAUGUUCAAGACGAGUGGACCGUUUUACCUAAGGCAGGAGCCAUCACAGUCGGAGGUAUGGCUGGAUUCGUUUUAGGAUUGAAGAGAGGAUCUUUCGGACGUGUUUUAACAACUGCAACUGGACUUGCUACGAUGGCUGCUUUCUGUUAUCCACAUGAAACAGUAGAUGUUGUUCGUACUGGAGUAGCACAUGCCGAGCAGAAGUGGAACGAGUUCCAAGAAUCACCCGAGCCAGAGUCAAAGAAGAAGGUCGACCUGAGCCCUCCAAAGUAA